AUGAAUAACUUCACAGACAUUAUCUUUGAAAACGCCACAUAUGUUGCCAUGACAACGUCGACGCGUAGAAUGCCACUACCUGCUUUCAACGCCCAGGCGGCCUUGAACUCAAUGUUGAUGAACUUCCCAGAAUACCGCCUAGCAGCUUACAUCAACUUCUACGGCUUCAUCACCGAAAUCGUCGUGGGAAGUGUAGCCAAUAUCUUGACCCUAGUAGUGAUGCUAGGACUCACGCAUUUACCAAUAUGCAACUACAUGGCCGCCUUGGCUCUGGCUGACCUGUCCGUGCUACUCGGACCUUGCCUUCUUCGGUGGCUGCUGACCCUAAACGUUGACCCGCGGCCAUCUAGCACAGUCGCCUGUCGACUGUUAAACUUUCUUUCUUACUGGAGUUUUAGCUUCAGUGCCUGGAUUUUGGUAGCUAUGACUAUUGAUAGAUACAUUGCAAUUUCGUUUCCUCUGAGAGCACUUAGACUGUCAACACCUCGUAGAGCCAGAAUCGUUGUUGGUGUAUUAGGUAUUGUCGCAGUUCUGGUCAAUUUCCAUUUUCUAAUAAUCCUGGAUGUAAAGACGCAGCCAGGCUUUCAGGACAAAACUUGUGUGGGUUACGACCAGUAUCGCCAUUUUCUGGAUGUAAUAUGGCCUUGGUUGGACGCUACAGUCUACUCGUUUCUUCCCUUUACUAUUUUGAUUGUGUUCAAUUUUCUGAUUAUUCGCAACCACCGAAAAUCUAUUGCCAUAACUUUGUCUAUGAAGGGAUCCAAAUCUAGUGAGAUUCCGUGGACUAUGAGUUAUACUUAUAGGAAAAUCACGAUCACUCUUGUUGUGGUUGCCUUCUCAUUCAUAUUUAUGACAGCUCCCCGGGUCAUUCUGCAUAUUAUUAGACCAGUUGUCUUCAAUUUCAAACCAACGCCAAAUAAAACCGACUUCCAGAUUUUGGCUCAGUACACCCUGGCUGCCAGUAUCGUAAAUGUCCUGCUGUAUGGCAACCAUAGCAUUAACUUUUUCCUCUACGUUUUAACAGGUCGCAAAUUCAGAGAACAACUCAUGAACACGCUCGGUUGCUGUAGAAAUCGUCGUCUGAGGCGUGUCCAGUCAGUUCCAGUCAACUGUAGCAGCACUGAAACAAAUACCUCAAGUUUAAGAAGUAAUCGAUCAACGGAAGAUUUCCAGUCGCGGGAAACAAUUCCAACCGGCAACAGAGAUAUAUUUACACCCCAGCUAAGCUUACCCACACUAUAUGAUACUACAUCCAAAAGCUCUUUUCGCUCCUCGAAAUGCAAGACACGCAGGCAAUGUUAA